CGCACCAGCGUACACGGUGACAGUUCUGAAAAGACGGUGGGAUAGACAGUUCGCCUCGCCUGAGUCCGUGUGUGUUGCUUGCGGUGUGAGUUUCGGACCGGUCGUUUCGGGCACGGUGUGUACGCGCUACAUCAGUGCAUCGAAUACAUUGCAAACUUUUUUGCGCGAUCAGAAACACGCACUUGCAACAACGAACGUGAAACAAAGUUCCAUCCCGAGUGCGAACACACGGCAAAAGUGCACGGGUUUUGCGGUGCGUAAGGUCACCACACUUGGUGGCGGCUGCCGUUCCGACCUCUGGGAGAUAAAAAAAAACACACACAGGCACGCACACAGAGACAGUUCCUUUUUGUGCGUGAAAGGCAGCUGACUGCAUAAACACAGCGGCACAGUGCUGUGUGCGGGGGCUGUCUGGUUGUGAAACUACACAUCCAGGCAGGCUGGAAUUUGUGGCUGGUUACAGUGCGCGUCGUCCCAUAAGUGUGUGCGGUUGUAAAAUUGUUGCAUCCCAUCGGCGCAAAAGUGCAAAACCAGCAGCAAACCCUCGUUAGUUGCAGGCGGCGAAGGAGGUGGUCCAAUCAUUCCAUACGCACACAAACACCUACAAAGCACUACUACAGUGUGUGCUUGUCCUAAAAUAGGGCGAAACAUUGUGUACGGCACGACACGGACCCACGCCUGCUGCCGGAAGCAGCGGCACAUCGCACUUUCGUGUUGGGGGUGCAUUCGCCUCCCCUGCUCUAGCCGUAUAGCCCACUCGUAGCAGGCGAGUGCGAGAGAAGCCAUCUGACACAUUCGACCCGUCGCCGCUGUUUGCGCUGGUGUGUGAGAAAAAUAAUAAAUGAAGAAGCAAUAAAACACACACACACGAGGCCGGAGGACGGAUUCUUUCCCCGUUGCGAGAUGUGCAUUCCUGUCGAUGCACCCACGACCACCGCCACCAUCAUCGCCAGUGUCCAUUGACCGCGACAGCAAGGUGCUGGGCAAGUGCGCCGAGUGCAUCCGCUAGUGCAGCGGUUUGUGGCCUUGAAAUUUGCUCCUAGUGUGUGGUGGCAAACCGACCAGGGAAUAAGGGUCGUCCGACACACGACGGUGGGGAAAGCAAAAAAAUAUAUAUGUAAAAAUAGAUCUCAUUCCUCUUCAGAAAAUCGAAUCUUCACCACACACUCACAUCACACAGGAGAGAGUGUACGACGGAGUAGGCCAUUUCAUCGCACCAGCUGCUGGUGUACACGGAGCAAACACACAUAUCAGCAGUACCCGCUGCAGUGAAACACACACACACAGAGAGACGGAGGCUGGAGGAAUGCAGCAGAACCCCCCGACGAUGCUCCGGUGCGUCCUCGCAUAAGCCGCCAGACAAUGUUGUGUCAACCGCAACGGGCUAAAUUUAACGCGGGUCAACAUCGUGAUCCAGAAUUCCCCCGUGGUGCCGCGUCGUGUCUCGGUUGCCGUGCGUGAGCGCUUGUGAUCGUGAAAGGAAUGGUGCAAUAGUGUGUAAAUAGUGUGCGGAAAAGAAUAGUAGUGACAAAAAAAGCCACCCCCGGGGCGUACCUACCUGCCAGGGAGCAAAACGGAGCAGAUAGUGCAUGUGUGUGUGUGGGUGCGUUUUUAGUUUGUUUUGUUUUGGUACAAUUUGAUUUCAAUUUCGAGAUCAGCAACCCGGACGUGUCACAACGGUAACCAAUAAGCCGUGUGAGUGUGCAUGAUCUAGUUUUCCGGUCGUUUAUUUUUUCCUUUUUUUGUGCCUAAGUUUUCCCAAAACUCAAUCUCGUAAAGCACCACGCGCACACCGUGAGAGACGGAGAGAGAGAGGGGUUUCCUUUAAUUAAAAGGCUUUCUUUUCCGUUUCGGGCGGGGGCUUUCCCGCGGCUUCCUCGCCCAGACGCACUUUUCACUAGCCCCAAUCAGACAUAAAAGCUCUCCGAUCUGAUCUGACGAGCGGAGGUGCAUCCACCGUCGUAGCAGUCUCUGUGCCCCGUGUGCCCCCUUUUCGUACAUGUUGGCGAUGUCUUCCAAACAUGAGCUGAAGAAACUCUCGGAGGAAAGCUUAACGCGGCAGCCGGACGAGGUGUUCGACAUACUCUGCAAGCUCGGCGAGGGUAGCUAUGGCUCGGUGUACAAGGCGCUGCACAAGGAGAGCGAGCAGGUGCUCGCCAUCAAGCAGGUGCCGGUCGACACGGACCUGCAGGAGAUCAUCAAGGAGAUCUCGAUCAUGCAGCAGUGCGACUCGCCGUACGUGGUCAAGUACUACGGCAGCUACUUCAAGAACACCGACCUGUGGAUCGUGAUGGAGUACUGCGGGGCGGGCAGUGUGUCCGACAUUAUGCGGCUGCGCAAGAAAACACUGUCCGAGGACGAGAUAGCGACGAUACUGAUCGACACACUGAAGGGGCUCGAGUAUUUGCAUCUGCGCCGGAAGAUCCACCGCGACAUUAAGGCGGGCAACAUACUGCUCAACUCGGAGGGCCACGCGAAGCUGGCCGACUUUGGGGUGGCUGGUCAGCUGACGGACACGAUGGCGAAGCGUAACACGGUCAUUGGCACACCGUUCUGGAUGGCGCCCGAGGUGAUCGAGGAGAUUGGGUACGACUGUGUGGCGGACAUUUGGUCGCUCGGCAUAACGGCGCUCGAGAUGGCGGAGGGCAAGCCCCCGUACGGGGACAUCCAUCCGAUGCGGGCCAUCUUCAUGAUACCGACCAAGCCGCCGCCCUCGUUUCGCGAUCCCGACAUCUGGUCGCCCGAGUUCAUUGACUUUGUGAGCCUGUGCCUGGUGAAGAAUCCGGAGGAGCGGGCCACUGCCACCGAUCUGCUGGCGCACGAGUUUAUACGCAACGCGAAACCGUGCAGCAUACUGAGCCAGAUGAUAGCGGAAGCGAAGGAAAUACGGGAAAACCAAAGCUACAGGCACGCGGCGGCCAUUAGCCAAGCUAACAAGCAGCUGCAGAACAACAGCAACAACAACAACAAUGCCAACGGGCACGACGGGGGCGACUCGGAUGACGAGGAUCAGGUGAACUCGAGGACGAUGAAGGAGUUCCCGGCCGACUGCGGGACGCUGGUGCCGGGCCGGGGCGACGAGGGCGACGGGACGAUGAUAGCGCACACCGACUACGGUACGCUCGUGCCGGACAAUGGGACGAUGGUGGAGCUGCAGUCGAACCUGGGCACGAUGGUGAUCAAUUCCGAUUCGGAAGAAUCGACCAUGAAAAGACAUGAUACAAACCCGGACAAGCCGAAGUACAGGCCGCUGUUUCUGGACCACUUCGACAAGAAGGAGGCGGAGGCGGCCAGCUUUGGCAACAGUAAAGUCGCGGCCGCCGUCAACAACCACCACCAUCAUCACCAGCUGCAGUCGCCACCGUCCGCGAUGAGCUCGUUCGACGAUGGGGCAUCGGUCGACCUGCAGCCGGACCAUUCGCCGGGCUACGGCAGUCCACAGGCGGCGACGACCCCGGUCGUUGCUUCCGCCCCGCAGCAGCAGCAGCAGCCGCAUCUGCCCCAAUCGCCUUUAGCAUCUUCGCCGCAGCAACCACAGCCACAGGUGCAGAAGCUCGUAAGCAAUCUGGUGCAGCAGUCGGCCGCAGCACCGGGCUUCCCAUCGCCGGCCACCCACAGUCCCGUGUCGCCGUCGGCACCGCCGAUGACGCAAAAUUUCCAAGACCACCAGCAGCACCAGCAGCACCAAGCAUUGCAACAGCAACAGCAGCAGCAGCAACAGUUCAACGAAGAGCGGCAACGGUAUCAGUCGCAUCUGCAGCUGCAGCUGAAUCAGAUCUCCGCCGUCAGUCCCAAUAUGCAUCAGAUGCAGUUUUUGCAACCGACGGCGGCCGAGUAUGAUUCGCUUAAGUUUAUGAACUACGAACAGCUCGAGCAACGGCUGGCCAGCCUGGACAAGGAGAUGGAGAAGGAGCUGGCGGAAACGAAGAAGCGGUACACCUCCAAACGCCAACCGAUACUGGACGCGAUCGAGGCCAAACAGCAGAAGCGGCAGCAAAAGCUGGAAGAGUUCUGAGUAGUGUGUCGGCGGUGGUCGGGAAUGCUUUCCCCCCUCUCCCAGCUUCUUGUCCCGUUUGCCUUUGGCGUGUGCUUGAGGGUGAUUAGCGGAUAGUCAUAUUUAAAUAGGAAUAGGUUUCCCGUUUCUGUGGCCCCAGCGCCAAUUAGUUGCAAAUUCCUAUUACUUUUUAACAAACAAACACACAUCCACAGCCUACUCAGUCGCGCUCAAGGGACACUCAAGCGUUCAAAGUGAGCGCUUGAGCGCCUCUGACAGGCUGCUGAGGAGAGUGGAAGGGAUAGUUUCCUCUCUUUUUAAGUAUUUUAGUUGCCCCGUCGGCCAUCCAACACUCUCGUCGGAUGUGUGGCUGGUAGGGCUGAUCUGAUAUUUGAUUUUAAUUAACACUCACAAAACACAUGCCCUAGAACCAGCCGGGUGUAAGUCAUUGUUGGAUUUUUGGUCGUAACGCAUUGAUCUGAACUAUCGAUGAGAUUAAUCUGUUUUUAGCUUUUGCGCUCAGCUGCUGCUGGCACAUGUGGCGCCAAUGUGUAUGUAUUUGUUCGAUCCCUUUCGCUUUACCACGCGCGCUCCGUCCCUAACUAAGCUAAGUGCAAUGUGUUGCACGGUUUUAUGUUUUAUUCUUUUCUUUUUGUCGCUGUUAUACAUUGAGAUACACUCCCAUUCGCUGGUUAAACUAGGUAGAGCGAACACGCGGCUUGCUGACGCGGCUACAUUGCCUUUUUCCCCUCGUUAACGAUUAGUUGGCAAAAUCCUUUUCCCUUGGAAGUCUCCAUGCCAAUCCGCAAAAGCAUAAAGCAAUUUAUUGACAACUCGUUAAUCGUUAUUACAACCAUUACAGCCCACAGCUGCGGGCUGUGCACGAAAGGUAGUAGGGGGGGAGGGGAGAGGGGAAGAGAACAGUCUCUAGCCAGCAGAAAAACCGAUUCUAACGAACGUGAAUAAAUACCUUGAAAAAGAGAAACCUCAAACUAACCGGAAAAGAUUGAAAGUAGAAUACAAUAAUCCUGUAGCGGCGGAGAAGAAAGGCAAAGAAAUUAUACAUAUACACACAAAUACUACAUAUAGCCAGCAAGAGCGUGAUUUACGAUUAUAUACACCAUAUAAGGAAGCAAACAACUCAACACACAGAAACACACACAAUGAAAUUGAAGGACUCGAAAUCGAUUGGGAUUGGGAAGAUGAUCAGAGCACAUAUUUUAUACGCAAAUUAAGCCAUAUUGAGCGCCCGCCGCUUGGUAUGAUGAUAGUAGGACGAGAUUAGCAGAAUCACAGCAUGUGUGUACUACCUUGGUGGAACACGAACACGGCGACACGAAAGUGCUCUAAAACGCGGUGAGACACAGCAGGGGGACAGACCCAACGCGUGGGUCGAUUGGUGAUCGCAGACGAACCACAGCAAUGACGAACAAAAGUGCUACAUUUUAUUCUUGAACCAUAUACAAGUUUAUUGAGAAAAAUAGUAGCGUAAUAGCGUGUAACAGGAAAACGGGAGGGCAAAAGAUCGUUACGGAAAAGGUCGCCCGGAACAACAUACAGGAGAAACAGGCGAUGCAGGCGAUUGAAAGGCACAGAUAGUAGGGAGAAAAGAAAAACAGCAGAACAAAAUAAAAGCGGUGAACAGGUGAGGAGUAUUAUAAAAAAAAAACACAAACAUACAUGCUCGAGAUAAAUAAAGUUGAACUUUAAGGUUGCCAUGCAUUUAUAUUAAA